AUGGGGGGAUGGAAAUCCGACAAUGGUACGUUUCGGCCAGGUUACUUGACACAACUGGUACACAUAAUGUCGGAGAAAUUACCAGGAUGUCAGGUCCGUGCAACCAUUGUAACUGACUACAGAAUAAAGACACUGAAGUGGAUUUUCCAGGCCAUCGCAGAAAUGCGGGGGCCAACCUGCAAUGGAUUCGGUUGGAACGACGACGCAAAAUGCAUAAUUACGGAGAAGGAACUCUUCAAUAACUGGGUUAAGGUUUGUUUUUGCACAAAUCCAGUUUGGCUUGUGAAAACAAGAAUGCAGCUUCAGAGUCCUCUUCAUCAAGCUCAACCUUAUUCUGGGCUAUAUGGUCUGCCUUCUUACUGGCCUUUCAUCGUUUUCUGGAUAUUCUCUAAUCAUUGGAUCUUGUCCCUCAGGUUUUGCAAACGUUCAUUGCUCCGUGAGUCACUUGAUGAUUCAUUGAUAGACAAAAUACCUGGUCGGCAAACUGAUCGGAAGACACUUCUUGGGGAAUUGAAUUGGAUUUUCACAGCUGUCACUGAUACAAUUGCAUGGAAUGUUCUUCCACAUGAUCUAUUUCAAAGGUUGUUCAGACAGGAUUUGUUAGUUGCCAGUCUGUUCAGAAAUUUUUUGCUUGCUGAGUGGAUUAUGCGGUCUGCAAAUUGUUCUCCAAUUUCACAUCCAAUGUUACCUCCAACCCAUCAGCAUCACAUGUGGGAUGCAUGGGACAUGGCUGCCGAAAUUUGUCUUUCUCAACUUCCAGCAUUGGUUGAAGACCCCAACUUGGAGUUUCAGCCAAGUCCAUUUUUCACCGAGCAGCUGACAGCUUUUGAGGUAUGGCUUGAUCAUGGAUCCGAAAACAAGAAACCUCCAGAAUCGACAUGUGCCUUGUUCGUUGGAAUAUUCCCGUAUGUUCUAAAGCUUCUGCAGACGACAACGCCGGAGCUGCGACAAAUUCUGGUUUUUAUAUGGACAAAGAUUCUGGCCUUAGAUAAGUCUGCUUCUCAAGUCCAUGGGGGUCUUCUUGCAGCUGGUUUCUUUGAUGGUUCUGUCAAGCUUUAUGAUGCUCGCAUUCCUGAAUUGCUUGUCUGCACAAUGCGCCCACAUGUGCAAAAAGUAGAAAAGGUUGUGGGGAUUGGCUUUCAACCCGGACUUGAUUCGUCGAAGAUUGUCAGUGCCUCUCAGGCUGGUGAUAUUCAAUUUCUGGAUAUCAGAAAUCAGAGGGAUCGGUAUCUAACCAUCGAUGCUCACAGAGGUUCACUUACAGCACUAGCCGUUCAUAGACAUGCUCCUAUCUUAGCUAGCGGUUCAGCCAAACAGUUAAUUAAGGUCUUCAGCCUAGAUGGCGAUCAACUAGGCACCAUUAGAUACCAUCAACAAGCGUGUUUUCAUUGUUGGUGGAAUCAGACUUGAAUAA